CGUAGCAAGCGGGGGGGUUGGGGGGGGACGGUCCCCCCCCGGCAGGUUUUGAAAAGUUAAAAAGUUGGCAUUUUUGAGUUUACGAGGAUGAAAAUUCAAGAAGUUGGCAUUUUUUACUCAGAGUCGAAUAUGUAUCACAAUUAAAGCUAAACCAAUCGAUAUACUUGAUUUGCCAACUGAAAACUUGAGAACUUACAAAAUACAAUUGUCAACUGUAUUUUCCACGUACUUAUUUAGUUGAAAAGUUGACAAUUUUCAAUUGUUGAAAUUAGAUUUGAUUUGCCAACUUAUUUCAAGUAUGUAUGAAUGUAUGAUGUAGGUUCAUCCUUGAUUUGCCAACUGAGUAGGCACCUACUUGAGAGUUGGAAACUAAAAAUCGCCAACUUUUCAAGGAAAUUAUUUAUUUUGUUCAAAAAUCGGCUAUAUUCUCAUCUAAAUUAUUAAACCUAAAGCUGAUUUGUCAACAAAUUUCAAAUCUAUUUGAGCUUGAGAUUUGGAAAGUCAAAAUCGCCAACUGUGAACAGUUACUGAUUUUCAAAAUUGCCAACUUUUUAUCAAAAUGAAUAAUUUCCUGUGUAGACCAUUAAAAAAUUAUACUCGUCAGUCGUCAGUCGUCAUCCUAAUUAAUAAAUAAAAAAAUACUGUGUUGUCAAACAUACAAAAAAGGUAAAAGCGCACUCUGUGCGUGUCAAAAUAUAACUACCUAUGUCUACGUAGUUGCAAUACGCGAUACUUGAACGAAAAACUAUCCACCGAUCUACUAUUUAUUACUAGGUAUCUAAUUAAUCAAAAUACUACGAAAAAGAAAAGAAAAGGAAAAUUUUCAUCUACUGUAGUGUUUAUUUCAAAUUCGAAUGUGAUUGUGUUGUGUUAACUCAGUUAAUUGUUGAGUGUUUACUGCUUAGUGUUUGGAAUUACAUUCAUCGUUGCUAACAUCAAGAAAAUGAAAGUGAAUGCCAAAAUUGGCAGACGUGAAAGAGUAUUGUGUUUGUCUUGCAAUCCGCAUAAAGAAAUUAAUUAUGAGUACAAGAAAGAACACGAAAAAAAUGUGCACGGCGGAGAAAUAGUGAGAAUUAAAGUUCUUGGAGCUCCAGAUGACAUAUUCAAGGCAUGUAAAAUUAAAAAAAAAAAAACUGAACCGGCUACAGAAACUGAUGAAAUCCUAAAUCCGAUUAGUAGUUCUAGUACUUCAGCCAAAGAAAUAUCAACGGAGACGCAGAACGAACCUAUCACCGGGGCUAUAGAGGCUGAAUCGACUUCUUGUACCAUUAGUAAGAUCAAUAUUAACACUGAUGAAGAGACACGUGAAAAUUUGAACUCGGCACAGCCGGCACAGGUAAGAACAAACGAAAAUGAUCAUAGCGCGGCGGUAACUACGAAUCACGAGGUUCAUGGAAUUGCGAAUGCCACUGAAACAAUUUCACAAGCUCAACCUGUCUCCAAUAAUGCUUGCCAUAGUAAAACAGAACAGACCAAGAAAACAGUUACUAGAUGCGAUUCUGAUUUGUUUGGUGAUGAGACCCCCAGUAAUAAACAAGAAUACAGAGCAGCAUACAUGGGAAAAUUUUCCAAUGUCGUGGAUUCCAUUAGUAUCGCUAAAAAUUUAUUUGCCGAAGUUGAAGCUCUAGACACGCACCACGACUAUAAUGUUUUGUUAAAACUUAAAAGUGAAUGAUGUAAUCCACGAUAUCAGAAGCAAAUGCGAGUCUGCUUUAGUCACGUGCAGCAAAUAUUUGGAAUACCUUCAAAAUGAAGAAAAUCAUUUUGAAGAAGUUGAUUGUGCAGACGAUGCUAUAAAUGCUAUAAUACCACACGAUCCUGGCUUACGUGAACCUAUCAAAUGUGAAAAUCAGCGGAAUUACCUUAUUGCACUAGGGCCUCAUCAGCCUAUUUUAAAACCGUUUCCGAAGGAUUCACACGAUUCUCAAUUUAAUCCAACAUGGUACCAACAAUAUCCUCAUUUAGAAUACAGCGUCGCGAAAAAUGCUGCUUUUUGCUUCAUUUGUUACCUCUUUCCAUCUACAUCUGAUGCGGUACAAAACGGUUGGUUUGCAGGCGGAAUUCAAAACUUCAACAAAUUUAAAGGAGGUAAUCGCGGUGGGAAAAAAAAAGGGAAACUUUGCGCUCAUUUCACAUCAGAUUACCAUAAGAAGGCAUUGGACAUGUUCAGAAAUUUCCAGAUUACAAAUAGACACAUUGACGUUGCUUUUGACAAAGAGUAUGAUCGACUUAUGACUGAAUCGGAAAGGCGUAAGAAUUUCCACAUCGAAGUUAUCUCUACUCUGCUCGAUAUUACCAGAACGAUUGGGAGGCAGGGAAUUGCGUUUAGAGGACACAACGACGAUAAAAACGGCAACUUUUACCAAAUCGCUCAACUAGUAGCUCGACAUAACCCCGUUCUAAAAAAAUGGUUCGAAAAUAAAUCAGAAAAAGGAUCUAUUACUACUUAUCUCAGUGCUCAAUCACAAAACGAAUUCAUACAAAUGCUCGCCGAAGAAACUCGAAAAGAAGUUGUUUCUACAAUUCAAAAAUCGUCGUUUUAUACAAUAAUGGCUGAUACCACUCCGGACACGUCACACAAAGACAUGCUUUCUCUAAUCAUUCGAACCGUUGAUGACGAUGCAAGAAUUAGUGAAAAACUGCUGAAAAUUGCCGAGGCGCCAGAUAAAACUGGUGCAGGAAUAGCUCAAACCAUACUUCAGAUGUUGAAUUCCUGUCAAAUAGAUACGAAGAAUAUGGCGUUUCAAUCAUACGAUAUGGCCGCAACAAUGUCGGGUCAGUACAACGGCGUACAAAAAAUAAUUUCAGACAAAGUUGGUCAUGUUGUACCUUUCGUUCCUUGUCAGUGCCACAGAACAAACACAGGCGUUGAACACUGUUGCAAAGCGAGCGUGAUAGUAGCAGAUUUUUUUAGUGUUCUGCAAAGUUUAUUUGUAUUCUUCAGCAAUAGCACCAAACGUUUUGCUUUCCUUAAAGAUGCUCUGAAAAGUGUUGAAAAUUCUCUCAAGCUGACUGGUAUUUCAAAAACUCGUUGGAUAGCUCGUGCAAGUACGAUUGAAGCUGUAAACCGGUCCUAUGAAGCGAUUGUUAAACUUCUAGAUGAAAUAAUAGAAGAAAUUCACGGAAAAGUGGACAGUAAAACGAAAUCUUUGGCGUUGGGACUGAGUAAAAAACUACGAAGCGCAGACUUCAUUAUUUCCUUGACUUUCAUGAAGAUAAUUUUUUCCAAACUUCGAAAGGUCACUGAGCACUUGGAAAAAACAGAGCUCAACGUUAUGGACGCAAUCACCUGUAUCAAAUCUUGUGUUACAAAUUUGACGACGAUUCGAAACAAUUCGGAUGUUGAAAACCAAGUGAGAGCUGGAAUGGAAUUUUGUAAACGAAUGGAUAUUGAUCCAGAACAUGAUUAUGCGACUCAUCACCGACCUCGACGUAUCCCUACACGUAUUGAUGCAAAUCCACAAACUGCUGUUAAUCUCAACAUGAUGUCUUUUUAUAAAAAAGAAUUUUAUUCUGUCUUAGACGUGUUAAUCUUAUGGUUGAAUGAUAAUGCGACCAAAGCUAUUGAGACCAUUCAGCCCCUUUAUAAUCUGUUUGAAAUACCAUUAAGACGCGAAAUCGACCCAGAGAAUCUACAGUUAGUUAUUGAUAUGAUGCCUAAUCGAGAAAUGUUUUCAGAUGUGGAUUACGUAAUAACAGAACUAGAAAUGUUGUUCGAUAAUUGCAAUGAAGUUACUUCGGCGGAUGAAAUUUUAAAAAUCGCAUGUUCAAUAAAAACAGUGGCACCUCUGGCUUUUAAAAUAUGUCAAUUUAUGGCCACUGCAGGGUACUCUGUUGCCAGUAACGAAAGGUGUUUCAGCAUUCUUAAAUACAUAAAGAGUUACCUGCGAUCUACGAUGGAAGAUGACCGCCUCGACAAUCUUAUGCUCAUACACUCCGAAAAAGAAGAAAUCGAUAAAAUUGAUUUAGGAGCAGUGGCUAAGCGGUGGUAUAUUUUAAAAAACAGGCGCAUUAAAAAAGUUGCUUGUUGAAAUGUUGAUUUUAUUCUUCCUUAGACUUUAAAGUUGUUCUUUAUUAAUAAAACGUUGUUUGCUCCUUA